GGGCGCAUGCGCAGCAUUUCUCCACAGAGAGGAAACAUGGCGACGUCCCUGAUCUGCGGCCGUUUGACGGCCAGUCUGAGGAACUCCGGGGCCCGGAGCGCCGCCAGCUCCGCGUCCAGGGUCCUCGGAGGAUCUUCAGGUCUGUUCGGAGGACACGUGUCUCAGCAGCACCCCCCCCACCUGCAGCAGCAGCAGAGGAACCUGUCCCUGCACGAGUACAUGAGCAUCGGGCUGCUGAAGGAGGCCGGCAUCUCCGUGCCCGAGGGCAUGGUGGCCAGCUCCUCAGAGGAGGCGUACGCCGUCGCCAAGCAGCUCGGUUCAAAGGACCUGGUGGUGAAAGCUCAGGUUCUGGCCGGGGGCCGAGGAAAGGGGACGUUCGAGGGCGGACUGAAGGGAGGAGUGAGGAUCGUCUACUCUCCCGAGGAGGCCCGUGACAUUUCCUCCCAGAUGAUUGGCCGAAAGCUUUACACCAAGCAGACCGGGGAGGCGGGUCGGAUCUGCAACCAGGUGUUCAUCUGCGAGCGCAGGUACCCACGCAGAGAGUACUACUUCGCCAUCACCAUGGAGAGGACGUUCCAGGGCCCCGUCCUGAUUGGCAGCUCGCAGGGAGGCGUGAACAUCGAGGAUGUCGCAGCAGAGAAUCCAGACGCCAUCGUGAAGGAGCCCAUCGACAUCGUGGAAGGCAUCAAGAUGGAGCAGGCUGUGAAGGUGGCUGAGAAGAUGGGCUUCCCGCCGGCGCUGGUGAACAAGGCGGCGGAGAACAUGAUGAAACUCUACAACGUGUUCAUGAAGUACGACGCCUCCAUGUUGGAGAUCAACCCCAUGGUGGAGGACUCUUCUGGCAUCGUGAUGUGCAUGGACGCCAAAAUCAACUUCGACUCCAACGCUGAGUACCGCCAGAAGAAGGUGUUCGACCUGCAGGACUGGACCCAGGAGGACCCCCGGGACCGGCAGGCCGCCAAGGCCGACCUGAACUACAUCGGCCUGGACGGAACCAUCGGCUGCCUGGUGAACGGAGCCGGUCUGGCCAUGGCCACCAUGGACAUCAUCAAGCUGCAUGGCGGCACUCCAGCCAACUUCCUGGAUGUGGGAGGCGGAGCCACAGCUCAUCAGGUGACCGAGGCGUUCAAACUCAUCACGUCUGACAGGAAGGUUCAGGCCAUCAUGGUCAACAUCUUCGGAGGCAUCAUGAGGUGUGAUGUCAUCGCUCAGGGCAUCAUCAUGGCUGUGAGAGACCUGGAACUGAAGAUCCCCAUCGUGGUCCGGUUACAAGGAACGAGAGUGGACGAUGCUAAAGCUCUGAUCGCUGCCAGUCCACUGAAGAUCCUCGCCUGCGACGACCUGGACGAAGCUGCCAAAAUGGUUGUGAAGCUUUCUGAAAUCGUGUCCCUGGCGAAAGAAGCUCAGGUGGACAUCACCUUCCAGCUGCCCAUCUAGAAACUGGACCUCCCCUCUCCCCCUUACUUCCCUCUGCCUCCUCCCCGGGGACACCCCCCCACUCAGACCCAGGGAACGUUUAUGAUUUCUCUUCCUGACUCGACACGAUGGCAGAACUCCGCUCAGACACGUUUCUCUUUCUCGUCCCCACUUCUCGUUUAACUUAUGUUGCUCUUGAGUCCUUACGCACAAACCUUCACCCCCCCGAUCUCUGCUUCACGCACACGCCCCCCCACUGUCCCUGCAGUGGAGUCGAGCAGUCGUUACCUUGGUUAGCUCGCUGUGAUGAACUGCACGUCUCUGAAGAACCACUGCAGCACGUGGCCGUGCACGUGGCCGUGCACGUGGCCUGACACGGGAACGUGUCUGUCCUGCUGCAGUGAAGUGUGAUGCUCAGGACUCAGAGUUUAGAGGAAGUUGUUACUGUCGAGGCUCCAGGUGUAAACAGGUCUGCAUGUUGUGUGUCUAUUUAUUCUCCUUUAGUCUCAUGUCACUUUGCCACCGUGUCCCCGUCUGGUCCAAAUCCUCUCAGCUGUUUGUUCUCCAUCAUGUGACGUCAGAGUCCAACGUCCCCCCCCCCCCCCCCCCCUCCUCUUCCUCCAGCGCUCCAAACACAAGCCGACAUUGUGAGUUGUAUGUCAUUUAUUAAAUCUUGUAAAUAACCAAACUGAUGUUCUUACUGUAAAAUAUUUAUGCUCUUCAAAGAGUACGACAAAGGACAAAAAAAAUAAACGCAGAGAACAACGA